AUGUCGGUCGGCAUGGAGAUAUUGGGCCGAAGGACCCGUUUCUGUGCUCCAUCAUUCUUGGACUCUGCUCAUCGCUGCUGCAUCCGUGAACGUGAAGAGAUUAAUGUGAGCAUGCGCUACUCAUUAAAAAAAUUCGCCGGCGCUGAAGCAUCGGUCAUAUGCGCAGGCGUGAAGGUUGUGACGGUGGCGAAUUUUACGCAUGCGUGCAGUUCACAAAAGGUCUCGGGAGCCCGGCAGCUGGAUCGGACGCAGGUUAUAAAUUGGAAGGAAUUUGUCUCCAGGAAUCUCAAACAUGACAUGCCAGUUUUGCUGUCUCUGUCUGGAUAUUUAAGAAGUGGAGCGAGGGAUUCAAUCGACCAUCCUUCCUGCUCAGACUGUGGGGAGGGAUUCACUCGGGCAUUUGACCAACUGACAAGCCCGUCAUUUUACACAGGAAAAAGGCCGCUCACCUGCUCAGACAGUGGGAGUGGAUUCACUCGGUCAUCUCAACUGAAGGUAAGUUCACACUGGGCAAGGCCAUUCAGCUGUUCUGUGUGUGAGAAAGGAUUCCGUCAGUCUUCCCACCUGUGGACACAAUAUUCAGUUCACACCAGGCAGAGGCUGUCAUCUGCUGAAUUUCUGGGAAAGGAUGCACUCAGUCAUCUGACCUAAUGGCACAGCAGUGAGUUUGCACUGGGGAAAAGCCGUUCACUUGCUCAGUCUUUGGGACGGGAUUCAC